GGCGUUUUUGUCGUCGCUACCUUCACACUGGUUCCGCGUGUUGAUAGUGAAGACAGGAUCGAGGAGAAACAAGUGUUUUUUGCACCACAGAGACCCGAACUCAGGCCGAAACCAGAGGAAAUGGACAUGAAGAAGAGGGUCUCGUUGGAGCUGAGGCACCGGUCGCCGACAGAGGUCCAGGAGCUGGUUCUUGAUAACUGUCGCUCUGGCGAAGGGAAGAUCGAAGGAAUCACAGAAGAGUUCUCGAACCUGGAGCUGCUGAGCCUCAUCAACGUCGGCCUGACCAGCGUAGCAGACAUCCCCAAACUGGACAAACUCAAAAAGUUGGAGCUGAGCGACAACAGGAUAUCAGGCGGUCUGGAGGUCCUGGCGGAGCGGCUGGUGAACCUAACGCACCUCAACCUCAGCGGGAACAAGUUCAAAGACAUCAGCACCCUGGAGCCCCUGAAAAAGUUGCCCCAGCUGAAGAGUCUCGACCUGUUUAACUGCGAGGUGACCAACCUGGCAGACUACAGGGAGUCCAUCUUCAAGCUCCUCCCCCAGCUCACCUACCUGGACGGCUACGACAUCGACGACUGCGAGGCCUCAGACUCUGACGGAGAGGGAGACGGAGUCGAGGACGAGGACGAAGAAGAGGGUGAAUCAGAGGACUUUGAGGAAGAGGAAGAGGAGGACGAGGAGGACGUCGUUGCUGAAGAUGAUGAUGAUGAUGACGACAGCGGUGAUGACGAGGACGGAGAGGUGAACGGAGACGUGGACAGUGAGGAAGAUGAUGAUGAUGAGGACGAUGAGGAGGACGAUGAUGAGGAUUCGUCUCCGACCAAAGGAGAGAAGAGGAAGAGGGACCCCGAGGACGAGGAUGAUGAAGAUGAUGAUUAAGGACCCACAGAGACCCCCGCAAACCCCUCUGACCUCUCGCCCGGUUACCCUCCCAUACCCCACCACCAACACUGGCCCCACUCCUCCCCCCUCCCUCCCCUCCACUCGGCCGACUCCUGGGCUGCAUCUCAUUUCUGAAACUGGUCUCCUCCCACAGCUCCGCCUCUCCAAAACAAUGUCCGUUAACUUAGAAAACACCUCGUUAAUCAUCCUGUGCUUUCAUUACAAUCCUCAGUCAUCUGUUCUUUUUUAAUUCAUAUUUCCACAGCUCGAACUUCUACAAGAUGCCUUAGUGUGUAAUAAACAACAGUUUACGUCAUUUAAUAACACAACAUCUAAAAGAAUUCAUCAAAAAGGAAUCAUUAUCUGUUCAUUUAACCAUGUUCAUGGCAGCACAUUUUGUGUGAACCCUGAGAGCCUCAAAUUCACAAAGCAGAUCAGAAAUCCAACCAAUGAUUAUUCCCAUUAUCGAUUAUCGUUACGUUUAAUGGCUUUGUCUACAAAAUGUCUCUGGUUCCAGCUUCUAAAUGUCUUUUAGAAGCUGGAACCAGACAUUGUUCAGCUUUUUUUGGUUUGAAAAAUGUGAUGAAACUACUGAUCAUAUGACUAUCACAAGAGUUGCAGAUAAAUAUUCUAUCGAUCAAUUUAUCAGUUAAUCGAGUUAUUGUUUCAGUCCUGCAACAGAUUAAAGUUGAAGAUAAGAGGUUAGAGAUCCCCGCCUCUGUGACAUUAACACAUAAAACUGAUUCAUUUUAUUUUACAGUAUGCAACUGAACAGAUGGUUUUUGAUUUUUGUUGAUUAUCUGACAGAUUUAUUUGUAGGAAAAAUGUGUGUUUUGUGGAUAAAAUGCAGGAUAAAAAAGCCACACACAAGAAAAUAUGUGAUGGGAAUUUAUCACAGUUUUAACUCUGUAUUCCUACUCCGUUAACAAGUAAAAGCAUCACCAGGUGUAAAAAGCUCACAAAUGAAGCAUCACAGAGACGAGGUUUUGCUGUAUAGUUUAUUUUUCUUAGUUGUUUUGUGAUCAAAACAUAAGCUUCUGUUUUCUUUCCUUGUUUGAGAUCACAAACCAUCUCGAUCAUGAGAAGAGUUUGCUUCAUAAGCUGUUGAAAUUACUCUUUGUUAUUUUGUUAGUUCAUUUAUAGUGUCAGAGCUUUCUCGUGGUCACGGCGAUGAAACAUGAGAAGGUAGAGGAGAUAGAGCAAGGGCUUGUGGGAGGUAACGGCACUUUUGGGAUGCAAAAAAAAACUAAAAACUAGAACCUUUGAUUUUUCCCGUCCUCCUCUUUGUCCCUUCUUGUCCAUCUCCCCCAGCACCCCUCUCUGACAUCAUCUCUCUGGGACUGAACCAGCUGUGAUUUCAUCAUUGUGCUCCCGACAGGCUCUGUGAUGUCACUGACGGGAUUAUCGAACAUAGCAAACGUCCAAGAUUUUCCUCCCAAAACCUCCACCGACCCACCCACUCCUCCUCCUCCCAUUUCCCCGAGGCCGAGCGCGCUCAGGGCAAACUGUGUUCUCUCUUCUCUUUUUUGCCAACAGAGCUUUUUAAAAGAAAUAUUUUUUCAAAGAAAAUGUUUUUGUUUAAUUUUGUAUGGUUGUCUGGGGACACUCUCUCUCUCUCUCUCUCUCUCUCUCUCUCUCUCUCUCUCUCUCUGCUCUUUUCAUUUCUCUCCUGAGAGAUCCAGUUGUUCCUUCACACUUACACUGACUUAGUUGAAUUUGUGUUUUUUUUUUACUUUCUGUAAGUUAAAGGAAAAACAAACAAAAAAACAUACAAAAAGGACUUUGUAAAUAAAAUCUUAACAUUUUG